AUGGAUUGCGAAAAAGUGGCUCAAGAUUUCGCCAGUAUUCUGGAGGAAUUGACUUGCAAUUCAAGACCUAUAAUUACUACCCUUACAAAGACAGCAGAGGAAAAUAUAGCUUGCGCCCAGCAGCUUGUUGAUGCGAUAGAAAGGCGUAUCGAGCGUUGCGUGCCGAACCAAAAGCUGUACGCUUUUUACGUUCUCGAUUCAAUCUGCAAAAACGCUGGAUCGCCCUAUACCAUUUAUUUUAGUCGAAAUCUUGCAAAACUGUACAAACGUACUUAUCUUUUAGUGGAUAAUCAGACUCGCUCGAGUCUGAUACGAUUGUUCCAGACAUGGCUCAAUCACAAUCAGGGCUCCAUGGGCCAUAAUUUAUUUGGGAAAGAAGCUCUCGAUGCCAUAGAGCAGUUUUUAGUCAAAGCCAGCUCAUUCCAGCAGAAAAAAGCAGUUCUGCCGACAGUACCGGGCCUGCUACGUGAAAUAGAUAAGCUCACGUCUCUGACCAAAGAACGCGCAUCUCAGAACCCUCAGGAUUCCAGAUUGAAUACAAAAGUUCUAGUUUUGAAGCAGCUUAAACAAGAGCUGCAGCGAGAAUCUUUGGCCCCACAGGCUUUACAAGAAGUUCAAUCUCAACUACGCAAGAUUUUCUUUCAAGAGCAGCAGGUUCUUCGAAAGCAACAGCAGCAACAGCAACAGCAGCAACAGCAACAGCAUAAUCUGCAGAAAAAUGUGCAUCAAAGCUCCUUCCCCAUAAGUGCGUCGCCUUCUCAAGAACCAACACCAACGCCACUGGAUCCAGGAGUGAUCCCACUUUUUGGCCCCUCUUCAGCAUCUUCAUCGUUCUUCCCCAAUGCCAGCAAUAUCGUUCCACCCUCCGAUUCUUCGCGACAAGCAGAUCGCGUUCAGAAUCUAUAUGACUCGCUCACCAAAGAGGGUUUGAUUCGACCCAUUCCCAAGCAAUCAAUUGUAAGAUUAGAGAGUACUCUUUUAAAACAUGUUGAUGAAAGUCAGCAAGUCAAACUACCGCCAUCACACCUUAUGCGAGGUAUUUUAGGAGACGUGAGAUCUCAUUUCGCAGCGUAUGGUCUCGAUAUUUUGAAAGUACCCAACUUGCAGCUUUGUCAACAAACCAUAAUCGAAGACAAUACUGCUGUGCAACAAUUGAAACACCUGUUGUAUAGGUACAAGCCCAAUAAGUGUAGUACCUGUGGAAAGAGAUUUGGGACUUCAGACGACGAGAAAAGACGUGAAAGAGACCAUCUGGAUUGGCACUUUAGAAUCAACAAGAGAAUUAAGGGCACUCUGGGCGCCAACGGUACCUCAGUCAAGAACAUUCAAUCCAGAAAUUGGUAUUUGGGUGAACGCCAGUGGCAACAUUUCAACGAUGAGGAAAUCGUCUCCACCACAAGGUCAGACAACGACCCUGUAACACUGGCCAAAUUGGAUGUUGGUUCUGAUGACCAAACGGUCAAUCGCGCGACAGCGGGCCAAGGGCCAGCUGCAGUAACUGAUGUCCCCAAUCUGGCAAAGAAACGUGUCGUGGUCCCAGAGACAUCGGUAAAUAUGUCCUUCCAGUGCCCAAUUUGUCGUGAUGACCAGUCCGCUGUCUACGACGACGAAACUGGGGAAUGGAUCUGGCAGAACUGCAUUGAAUCGCAGGGCAAAUAUUUCCAUGCGACAUGCUUCCACGAGGCUGCAAGCAGUGCUCCACAGCAAGCUCUUCACCAGGGAUUGGAGCGUUUAAAAGAUUUAGCAGGCUGA